AUUUCACUGCGCGCCGGAAAAAAAGGUAAUCCAACGUUGUCAAGUUUUUAAUGGAACCAAACAACAAAAAAGCAAAGAUGGUUAACAACAAGUUUAAGCACAACAAGAAGAAGUACUACCAACAAAGCAAGAAGCAGGUGCUGCAGGCUGGCCAACGCGGCUUCCUUGCCACAUGCAACAUGAAUGAAAAGGCAUGUGUACGUGAAUGCUACAAUCUGCUUAACCACUACGCCGACGAAUUGUACGGACCCGAGGGGCAGGAGCCCGCCAAAAAGCAGGAUCCGGAAGUCAACACCAAAGAGGAAUGCAGCGAUUCCGAUAGCGACUUGGAUGCCGCGGUUGCCAAAUGCAAGGAAUCGUUUAGCCAACGUAAAGUUCGUUUCCAAAACGUGGAGACGGGUACAACUAACUGUUUGUUCAUCCGCACGCAACUUGAAGAUCCAGUGGGACUGGGCAAGCACAUAGUCAAUGACAUUACCGUCACUGGCAAGGCCAUGUCACGAUUUGUACUUCGUCUGGUGCCCAUCGAAACUGUUUGUCGGGCCAAUAUGCCGGAUAUCACCAAUGCAGCUGGUGCACUGUUUGACAAAUACUUCCUUAAGGAAGCCACCACAUAUGGCAUCAUAUUCAAUCAUCGCUACAAUCAACAAAUCAAACGGGAUCACAUCAUCAAGGAACUGGCCGAGCUGGUUAACUCCAAGAAUAUUGGCAACAAAGUGGAUCUGCAGCACGCCAAGAAGUCAAUCAUUGUCGAGGUGCUGAGAGGUUGGUGCCUGCUCAGUGUCAUUGACAACUACUUGGACUGCAAAAAGUACAAUUUAUCAGAGCUGGCAAAUCCGGGCGGACAAAAGACAAAUGGAAAUGAUGAAGACGUAGCCAAGCCGGAUGAAUCUGCAGAGCAGAAAGCUGACGAAGAGAAAACUGACGAGAACCCCGCCAAAACUGUUGAUCAAGUUGUUGUCACUGCUGAGAACUGAAUAAAAUGUACUAUAAAUUUUGUUUAA